UAUUUUCUGCUAAUAAGCAUUUUACAGUAGAGGCUUAGAAGCAGCCGAUAAGAGGUAAGAAGUCUCGGUCCGGAGCCUCCUCUGCAUAGAGGACUGCAGAGAAGGAUGCCACUGUAAAUAAGAUGAGGUUCAUGUGGGGGAUGCAGAAAUUAUCUCUGCUGGGAACCUAGGACGCUGGGAAAAUUAUAAACAUCUGCCAAGUGUUCCUUGCCUGCGCUGCUUGGGAUUUCAUAAGACUCCAAGACGAGGAAACUACGGCAUGUAUAAUAGAUUCCGGGAACAAGCCGCACUGAGAUUCACACCGCUGUCCAAUGAAGCUCCUCUCCAUCCUCACGCUGGUCUUCAGAAUAUGGUGUGUUUUGGGUAGUCUACCUAUUCCCGAACUGCGCUUUAAAGAUAACAUCAUUGAGGAUGACGAUACAGAAAUCACAUGUGGAUUGCAAUACACAGACCCCAGCUUGGACGUGAUCUUGAAGAUAAAAGGCAAUGCAACAUUACAAAACUGUGUGACCAGAAAAUACCAGUCCAAAAAUGGCAUCUCCACCAAUGAAACAUGUACAUUGGAGGUCACCAAGGAGAUGGACAAGAUGGAGUUCAUAUGUGAAGCUCAGUUUAAAACCCGAAGCGAGCCAAAGAAGAUGUAUUUACUAAGUGAACCUACGAUUACAGAUUGCCCUAAUAACUUAGUUUGGAUAGAGAAAGAAGAAAACAGUUUCCACUGUAAGGCCACAGGAUACCCACCUCCGUGUGUGUCUUGCCAGAAAGGCAACAAGAACUAUUCAGAGGGAGUGAAGUUUAAAGCAUUGAGAAAUAUGACCGGCACUUAUAUCUGUACUGCUAAAAACUUUGAUCAGAUUUCCAAGCCAGUAGAAGUGAUUGUACAGUACAAGCCGGAAGUAUUAGAAAUAAAAGUGAGUCCACCCCUACACAAUGACGGUGACACUGUGACAAUGAUGUGUAAGGCAGACGGUGAACCAGCUCCUGCUUACAGCUGGGAAACUCCAUCAUCCAAUGUCCAGUUUUCUCCGGACAACACAACCAUUACAAUCCAGACAAUGACGAAGAGUCACCUUGGAAAAUACUCGUGCACAGCAAGGAACAAGCAUGGCCAACACAGUCUCAAGGAAGAGCUCACUCUAGAAGCCAAGCCUAAAAUAUCAGAAGUGAAGGUGGAACCUUCUGUCGAAGUGUUUGAAGGCGACAAUGUAACGGUGUCUUGCGAAGCCAGUGGAUUCCCCCCUCCUACUUUGAGCUGGGUCCAUCCAAAGGCUGAGGUUCAAGUCUCUAAAGAUAAGCGGACUGUGAAAAUAUGGGGCAUAAAGAAGGAACAUAUGGGAAAUUACUCCUGCUCUGCUCAAAAUAAGCAUGGGACUGUCACUCAGAGCCAGCAAAUCACACUUGCAGUCAAGCCUAAAGUGUUAAGAAUUAACAUCAAGCCAUCUAUACCCGUGUCGGAAAAGGAAAACUUGAUCUUGACUUGUGUGGCACAGGGUAUCCCCCGUCCUACCUACAGUUGGCACCUUCCAACACCCAAUGUGAAUCUGUCGAGUGAUAACAGUACUAUUAAUAUCUCUGCCGCCCAGAAAGCACAUGAAGGAGAUUACAGCUGUACUGCUCAAAAUAAGCAUGGGCGGGACACAAUGACAAAGAGAAUUACUGUUAAAGAAAACGGAGCAGACAGAAGAGAAAUGAGCGUCACCACCAUCCUUUCUUUGCUGAUUGCCACCAGUCUGAUGAUCUAUCUGUCGUAAAGAUUUCCUCCUCAUCUGCAGCAGACAUCCGGCGGUUUAUCGGUUUUCCUGUGGUUUAUUGCAUCACAAAUCCAAAAAUUGAAUGAAUACAUUUUUUUAUAAAGUUAUAUUUAUUGCAUAAUUUUUUACACAUUUGGAUAACACAAUUUCAUAGAAUUAUGUAUUUGUUGUAAUGAUAAUUUUAAAGAGUGUAAUAUUUAUGGUCUUUCUUCAGGAUAGGUCAUUAGCAUCUGAUCCCUGGUACCCCCAGUAUUUUAGGUUUUAAGUUUAGUUGAGAUCCAUCAAGAGUUUUCCAUCAUGUCGAGGUGACUUGUUCCUUGAGCUGUGAUCCUCCCAGUGGCGUAACUACAACUGACUGGGCCCCACAGCAAAUUUUCGAAGGAAACACAGCUUUUCCGCUAACCACAAAAUCACGUGCAACCUCCUGUGGCUAGUCAAGAUUGACUUCUCAGACAAGGUCCGCCAGCCGUUCCAUCCGUUUCCUACCGUGUCAUUGCAUAUCAUUUCAUUGUAUACUACUGUUGAGGGGGCCCUGACAGUAAAAUCUUUUAGUCUUCCUUCUGAGGGGGCCCCUAGUGAGUCUGGGCCCCAAAGCAGCCGCUUCCCCUGCUUUCCCUAUAGUUACGCCCCCUGAUCAAGGCACAGAGGAGCCUAAGGCCCGGUUCACAUCAGCAUUAUAGAA